ACCGCUGUAUAUGUACCCUAUUGAGCAGACAGCAUUUAUACAUUCCAUUUGUAUACUCUUUAUUACACAGUAACGGACUGUUACAUAUUCAACAACAUCCGAAAAAAAAACAUGAACUGGGAAUUAAGGAUGAUUUUAGUCACUCUUUUUGUUGCCGCCGCAUCGGCCGCACCGCUUAACUUGGUCAACUCGGCCGUACAGUAUGCCCAUGUAGUUGCUGCCGUGGCCUAUGCCGCUGCCCCAGUCCCUUACCCGGCUGCCCUGACCUACGCCGUCCCUGAGCCCGUCGCCAAUGCCGUUCAACCCCAAAUCACUUACGAUUUCCCCGCUGUAAUAGCAAAACCAGCCCCAACACCAGUUAAAGUAGAAUACGACAUUUUAGGACCGAUUGCUGCCCCAGCACCAGCCCCAGUCAUCCGGGUUGCUGCACCAGUCAAGAUCGAGUACGACUUCCCUGCACCCAUCUCUGCUCCAGCUCCGGCACCAGUUGUUGUAACUGCCCCAGCACCAAUCACCUAUGCCGCACCUGCACCAGUUAAGGUUGAAUACGACUUCCCCGCUCCUAUCUCCGCCCCGGCUCCAACCCCAGUUGUCGCUGUUGCUGCUCCCGUUGUUUAUGCCGCACCAGCUCCAGUCGUCCAGGUUGCCGCUCCCGUCAAAGUUGAAUACGACUUCCCCGCACCCAUCUCUGCUCCCGCUCCCGCUCCCGUACCAGUAGCUGUUGCUGCUCCAGCCCCAAUUACCUACGCUGCCCCGGCCCCAGUUGCCUAUGCCGCACCUGCCCCGGUCGCUUAUGCCGCACCUGCCCCAGUCCAUGUUGUCCCCCAGGCCUUCGAGACCAGGGUACACUACGCCGAGACUCCCGUCGUCGUCGGACACACUUCCACCAUCAUGAAGCCCAACUUGGGCGCCGGUGCUCACGUCACCAACUUUGACUUCAUGGGAUUGGCCCAGACCAAAACCGUCGGACAGGAAUCCUUCGUCCAAAAGUCCAAAGUUUUGGCUCCCGCCCGCACCGUCUCCGAAAUCACGCCCCAGGUGACCGUCCAACACCCGACCAAAGUCAACGUUGAAAAGUUCGCCGUUGAGGUGCCCGUCGCCGCUCCUUACGCCCAGCCCGUCCCAGUUCCAGUUGCUCCCCAAUACGAAAUCCACCAGUAUCACGCACCAGCAGCUGUCUAUCUUGCUGUCCAUUUCUACAAUUCGGCGUCUCAUACUACUGCGACUAUAAGACCCAUUUAAAAAAUUGACGAUUUGAUUACUU